AGAGGCACAGAGCCGCUGGACCGCACGCGCGCGCACACGUCACGGAGACACAGCCCCACCUAGGGGCCAAUCGCUGCGCUUCCCGGAGGGCGGAGCCAUCCAGCGGCGGAGAUCGCGCCACGGAUGCUCCUCCUCCCCCGGCUGCUGCUCCCCGCGCACCGCCUCCUCGCCGCCGGCGCCCUCCCCUGCCGCCGCCGGCCCCUCCUCGCGCGUCGGAUGGCGUCCGCGGCGGCGCGCCACCGGGGCCCGCUGCGGGGCGUGGUGUUCGACAUGGACGGGACCCUGACGGUGCCCGUCAUCGACUUCCCGGCCAUGUACCGCGAGGUGCUGGGCGGGGACGCGGCCUACGCCGCGGCGCGCGAGGCGGGGGGCGGCUCCGUCGACAUCCUCCACUGCAUCGAGUCCUGGGGCCCCGACGAGCAGCGGCGCGCGUACGAGGCCAUCGCCAGGUUCGAGCGCGACGGCCUCGACCGGCUCCAGAUCAUGCCAGGGGCCUCGGAGCUCUGCGGGUUCCUGGACGCGCGGCAGAUCAGGAGGGGAUUAAUUACCCGCAAUGUGAAGGGCGCAGUUGAUUUGUUUCACCAAAGAUUUGGUAUGAUGUUUGUGCCUGCAUUAAGCAGAGAAUUCCGCCCCUAUAAACCAGAUCCAGCUCCAUUGCUCCAUAUUUGCUCCAAUUGGAACAUUCCUCCAAACGAGGUGAUCAUGGUUGGUGACAGCCUCAAGGAUGAUAUCGUUUGUGGAAAGAGAGCUGGAGCUUUCACUUGCCUUCUUGACGAAACGGGGCGAUACGGCCCGCAUGAUUCUAUACCUGACGAUGUUAAACCUGACUUCAAGGUUUCUUCACUGUCAGAAGUAUUAUCGGUCCUUGAAGAGCAUUUCGAUUUGGCUCCUGUGUCUGCGGCCGAGAGUAGAAUCUGACAAGGAAGUCUCAGUAACCUGUCUCCCAACUGCUGAAACAACUCCCUAUACCUUCGCUGUAAUAACGUGUUGACUAGUGUCUGUCCGACUAUCAGAAACCUAUUGCAGAUUGGAAGAUGAUGACGUAAGAAGAAAAUUGUUCAUUUUGAUAUUUGGCAGUAGAUGCACUUUAAGCGUGGUGCAGAUGUAAUUUCUUGAGCUUUAUGCAUUUGGAUUUUCGCCUA